CUGCGUCUUGUACUGCGGUCGUCAAAGCGCUGCUAGGACCCACAUACAGCAUCACCGCUUUGACCUUUCCGCAUGCUACAUAAUGCGGACAGUUCGUGAAGCCAUGCGUUUCUUAUCCUCACCGACCUUUCCCGUACUCACACCACGUCGUGCUCACUAUGACCGAUGGCGACGGGAAAUUCGACCACAACUUCAUCGAAUAUAUGUUGUCUGGACCCCUUCUAGAUUGGGACAGUCAACCCUUCGCCGGCGGCCUUCAUGUGCCCCUUCCAACCUGGUCGACGGAUGCACACGUACUGGCUCCUCACCCACAAGACGAUAACGUUGCGAAACCUCCGCCAUACCCACCCCCGGUCUAUGUCAAUCCAUCCGUGCGCGAUACAUACACGCACGCGUCCUCCGGCCGCGCUGUGCCCACGCCACUUGCUCCGUCGCACUUCCAUGAGUCGCCUAAGCGCUCGGAAUCGUCGAUAUACGAAGGAUUCACGACCUCCGAUGUGGUAUACAGUUUGGAGGACUUCGAUACGUUCACCGGCGGACCCAGCAACGUUGCGCUGCCUUCCCUAGCACCACCCGCCACUGCCAACGCCACUCAACACGAUUUUGGCUCCGAAGUUCCUGGCAUCGGCACUGCGUCCACUACCAUCUCUCCCCUCGACACAAGUCUCCCUAGCACAUCCGUCGCCGGUUCUUCGAUCUCACUGUACCAUUCGGGACCCAGCGCUGCGCCACAUCUGCUGUCUGCAGACGUUCACGCGCCUUCAGCAGGACCUUCCUCAUCUUAUCUUGCUGCCCCCGCAUACCCCAUUGCACGCUCGUAUCCGCGCGAUGAUGAUACGGAAGAGCAUGUGAGAGCAGGUAAACGCCGCAAGGUCGCACACACCAAACCGGCUACGCCACCACUCCCACCGCAGCCCUCAGAUACCAACAUACGGCCACAGAAGAGAGCUCCCAAGCGACGGGUAUCGCCACGGGUGGACAACGGAGUUCCAGUCACCACUCACGACAGCGUCGCUCCACACCCCGUUCCCCACCUGGCUGUGCCGCAUCCGGACCGAGCACCCAUUGUACAUGCACCAUCCGGAACUCACUACCUGCAGAUCCCUCAUCCGUCGUUGCCUCGCGCGCACUCUACUGGGUCUGUCGGUCAGCAUGGUAUGCUGCUGGCCGACGCAUCGACUGCGCCACUCCCUCGAGCUCACUCGGCUACCGGAAGAAACCCUACUCCUCUUCCGGCCCCCCGCGACAUUCAUGCUCAACGGUACAUGAGAGAGCGUGGGAUUUCCUUCUGGCCACGCGCGCGGCAGGAACGCGAGCAGGAGUUCAAUCUUCAUCAUCACGCUGUCGAUGGAAGCGCUACUGGACAUCGAGCACAGGUUGGUUAUAUGGGCGGAGACGCGACACGACUCGAUCACUUCACUUCAGAACAGCCACCAACUCCACGCACCAUCGUCGUCCCCGAUCCCCCGUUCAACCCUGACGCAGCUCGCUUUCCUCCCUCUGGCGCACCCAAACCGGCGUACAAUGAUCAACCUCACACCGCGUAUCAAGCGUAUGACAUCCCAGAGCCGUCGAGCGCACAGACUGAGGUAGCCGGACCAUCUUCGAGCACUUCGCGAGGUCGUAAACGCAAGAAUGCUCCCAAGGACACGACUCCCGGCCCCAUGCCUGCGGGGAAAAGGGCCCGCCGCUCGCACCUGACCCACGAGCGACCGCCCAGUCCGGUACAACAUCCUCUUGCGGUACCACCGGACUCCCCACCCUUCAUACCUGACCGUAAACCCAAAAGGGCCCGGCGUUCCAAUCCAUUGAUUCCGCCCAGGCAUCCUGCAGACGUCCCGACGGCGCCCGGCGCAGGACACCCUUCCGCGUCACACCCUCCGCCACCCGCUCUAGCACGGUCCCCGUCUUCUUCCAAGGGAGAAGGUCCGUCGAACAGGCAUGCCUCGCCGCUAUCCGAUGAUGAGCCCUUCGAAGAGCUAACAGACACGACCCCCGCGAAGUGGGAGCGGGCGACGUAUGUCGCCUACCAGCUGGACACGAGUUAUUGGGCCAGGGAAUUUCCCGAAGCGUCAUACGGCCGGACGUGGUUGGAAAGCUGCCAGAUGCAAAUGAGGACCCACGUCGGCUUCGUGGGCGACCCGGAAUCGCUAGACCGUGUCGAGGCUGGCCAGACGCAGGUGGAAGUGAGAUAUCUCUCGUCAGAAACGCGGCCAAUGCACCCCCACUCCAACCGGCGUUAUGUCAACGUGAAACCCUACUUCUUCAAGCGUGACCCGCUCGCGAAACAAACUGCUCGUGCGCGCAAAGCCAUGGAGGUCCUAGGGGGGGACGAGAAGUUCAGGAAGAACCCCGCAGCAUACGAACCUGAAGCCUAUCCCUGGUUCGCCCCGUUCGAGGGGAGCAGACAACACGCGGUCUUUGGCACGAAGCUCCUGGUCACUCAAUAUAAAGAUUCGGACUCACGACUCGACCUCAGCCACGAAGGAAUGUGCUAUAUCAACACGCUGCAUCGCCGAGACGAGCAUGACCUAAAAGAGUGGAAACUGAGAGGGUCGGAUAUAAUACGUCAGAUCCGCCGGUAUUGCGUUCCCGAGAAGCCCGUCCCGGCGAGAGUCUGGAGAGACGUCAGCAUGGCGUCGCCCGAGCCUCACGAUCCUGCGCGAUUUCUACAAGAGUUACGCUGGAUUACUCGGUUUUACCUCCAUUGCAAAUAUCCGGACGAGUAUGAACGUCCGGCAGCCACAGUAGAAUGAGCGGCGGAUGGCACACCCUGAGUAAGGGCAUAUUGCUCAGGGAUUGGAGUGUAGGGACGGUCGUGAUUCGUACCACGGUUGGUGUGUAGAGGUGCGUCACGUACGACGCACCGGAUGGAUACCACGCACGCCCACAGACC